GAAAAAAUUUUUUAUUGAUAGGUAUAAAAAUGGACAUUGCUCACACGACUGCACUCACUGCAGAAUACGUUGAAAUUUCCUAUAAAAAAAAAAAUCAACGUUGAAGAAACUGCGCUCAACAUCGAGGAAACUGUACAUGAUGUUAUCAACGUGGUACCACAUGAUGGAAAACCGAUAACUAAAAUGGCCAUUUCUCCAAAAUCAAAAUAUAUUGUUACGUAUAGCCAGGAAGAUAAGUCUUUUGUUUGUUGGAGUCAGGAACUGGAAGGACCAAUAUAUGAUAAACAUGCUUCUCCUGAAUGUUAUUUCCAAUCGUAUAUGGAUUUCAAAGUUUCCGAUAAGAUGAUUAUAAUAUUAAACAAAGAAUUUAUUUAUGAUAUGAAAAACGAAAAAAAAGUUAUCCUUAAUAAUAAUGAACCUUACGAUGUGAAACAUGACUUUCUCAGUAACGGAGAUAUAAUAACAUAUUAUAAUCACGGCAUUUCAAUUUAUUCUUCUAGUGAUAAUAGGAAUUGGAAAUGUAAAUCUGAACAUAAAUUAAACGAGAAGAACAAAAUCUUUGGCAGAGUAGUUAACGAUAAGUUAUUAGUUUUAAUGGAUAAUAUUAUAUUUAUAAUAGAUUUAUUUGAAUUAUCUAUAAUUCCAUAUUGGAAAGUCCUAAUUGGUACAUAUACAUUUCAAUAUUGGAAAAUACUACCUCAUGAAAAAGAAAUAAAUAUUGAAGAAAUUAAGUUAAAUUUUUCUAAAAAUUUAACAGUUAUAAACAUUAAUGGUACUCUUUACAUUUAUUCUAAUAAAAUGAAUGAAAUGAAUGUUUCAAUCGGGGAUAUUGAUGAUAAUAGUGUCCAAGAUUUCGGUAUCGUUGAUAAUUAUAGUGAUGAAUAUAUUAUUACAACAUCAAAUGGUAAUAUCAACAUUCAUUCUUGGAGACAAAAUUUAAAAAAAUCUAUUGAUCUCAAUAGUUUAUUGAAAUCUAAAGAUGAUUUUACUCAUCUUGAAUUUAUGGAUAACAAGACAUAAAUUCAUCAAACUUGAAAGGAGUUAUAAAUAAUAAAAAUAUCUUUUGUAACAUUGAGAAGCAAUUUAUCACACAAAAACUUACGCAAGAAGUAAAUGAAAAUCAAUUUAUAGAAAAUUAUAUAAUUCCUUCUUUAAAAACUUGUGGAAUUUUUCAAAAGAUCGAAGAACAAAAUGAAUAUAAUUUAAGAC